AUGCGGUUCCAUGUCCUCGGCGUUGGCUCGAUAGGGACACUCGUCGCCCACCACCUGCGGCUCGCACAGCCAAAGGCUGACAUCUGCCUCCUCUUCCGAACAGCCGCCAUCUUUAGAAAACAAAAGUACCUCCGCGACCAGCCAGUACUGCCACGACCAGGACCAGAGCUCAAGGUCUCUCGCGCUGGAGGAGAGACGACUGUUUCCUCAGGCUAUGACGUCGGCAUCACAAACCACCUCAAGCUGCCCGGCUUAAUGGCGGCCGUGGCUGCUGGCCAGGUCGCCGGGGUGGACAACGACGGCCCGAUCGACUCGCUGAUCGUGUGCACCAAGGCGCCGUACACUGCAGGUGCCAUUGACAGUCUCAAGCACCGGAUAUCCUCUUCGUCGGUCAUUGCCCUCUUGCAGAACGGCAUGGGCGUCUAUGACGAGCUGUGCGACAAGUUCUGGCCCGACGCAAACGACCGACCGCAGUUCCUGCUCGGUACCACGACACACGGCGUCACGCCGUCUACACCUGGCCAGGUGGUGCACGUGUCCCGCCCGGGACAAGGCGCGGUGAAAUGGGGUAUUGUGCCAGACCCGCGCGGCUUUGACGUCGAGACUUGGCUGUGGGGACGAGAAGUCGGCGGCUUGCCGACCCUCACACCACCCGACUCGCCCACAUCCCCGUUGCCUCUGCCACCACAAGGAAAGGGCCUGGACAACCUGUACGAGACGCUCGAGGCCCUCCUGUCCAUGACCGCCCUCUCCCCCUCGCUCCUCCCGAUGCCCCACCUGUACCACCAGCUCUUGUUAAAGCUCGCCGUCAACGCAGUGGUCAACCCAUUGACAGCGGUCCUGGGCGGCGGAUACCUGCCCAACGGCGCCAUCCACCGUACCGGUCCGGGCCACCGCCUCAUCAACCAGGUGACCGAGGAGACGAGCCAGGUGCUCACGACCUACCUGCACGCCCUUGCCGGCGGCGAUACGCCGGCCCAGCCCGACGUGGUCCGCCAGUUCUCCACCGAGGGCCUGUUGCAAAUCAUCCACGAGGUCAUUGGCAGCACCAAGGCCAACACGAGCUCGAUGGCCAUGGACGUAAAGUACGGCCGCGAGACAGAGGUCAAGUACAUCAACGGCUUCCUCGUCUCGCUCGGCGAGCGCCUGCACGUCCCCACGCCGGCCAGCCGCAUGCUCAUUGAAAUGGUCAAAUUCAAGGCCGAGGUCGGCGGCCUGAACGGCGUCGUCUACCCGGGUGUCCGCGAACACAUCCACCAGGCGGAAAAGCAGUCGGUCGAGGAACGCCAGCUGGGUCUCGAGCAACGACGGAUCGGCCUGGCGGAGCGCGACAUGCUCCUCAAGGAAGUGGCCGCGCGCGAGGAGAUGCGCGCCCACCGUCUCCUCAAGCGCAGGGCCAAGGCGGCCAAGGUGGAGGCCGAGCGCCUGGCGGGUCGCCUGGAUCCGGGAGUCUUGGAUCUGAGCGCCGCCGAGGGAUCGGGAUCGAGCGAGUCAUCGGCGUCGGCCUCGGCGUCCGAGUCGUCGGCGUCGGAGCAGGGCGUCAGUGGACAGGCCGGCGCGAGCAGUGGCACGAGCCGUGGCAGCGACGCCGAAAAGUAG